AUGCCCACUCGCUUUCCCUAUGGCCAACAGCUUGCACAGUUGAGUAGUGGCCACAGUAGCGGUAGUAAUCAUAGAUUUCACCGCCAUCACCACCGCUCCCCUCCAUCCUCGGCCGAGGUCGCGACAAUGGGAGGCCACGCGCUGCUCCCUCCCACUUCGCCUCUCCUCGGCGCUGUUCUCCUCCUCUUCUGUCUGCAAGAACUCUGCUGCAAAUUGGAUGAUGUAAUUGUUCAUGGAUUUCCAUUGUUGCAUCAGAUGGACUCUGUGCCGAUAGAAGAAAAGGAGGUUAUGAUGCCUGAUACUUCCCCGAACAGUUCUCCUCAACCAUUUGUUCCUCUUCUCGCACCUUCGCCAAUGACACCAUUUUUCAACAAUAGUACACCAAAAUUAUCAGGACGAUGUACAUUAAACUUCUCAGCUGUUGACAGCUUGAUAAGUACAACUGCUGUCGAUUGCUUGGCCUCCUUUGCUCCUUUCUUGGCCAAUGUUGUCUGUUGCCCCCAGUUUCAGGCCACCCUGGUCAUUCUGAUAGGGCAAUCAAGUAAAAACACAGGAAUGCUCGCUUUGGAUUCUACUCAUGCAAACUAUUGCCUAUCAGAUUUUCAACAGAUCUUAGAAAGUCGUGGGGCCAGUAAUAAUCUUCAAAAAAUUUGCUCGAUCCACCCACUAAACCUCACUGAAGGCUCUUGCCCUGUCAAUGAUAUCAAUAAUUUUGAGAGUGCUGUUGACUCCUCUAGACUUCUGGCUGCCUGUGGGAAAGUUGAUGCUGUGAAUGAAUGUUGCAGCCAAAUAUGUCAAAAUGCUAUACUUGAAGCUGCCAGGAAGAUUGCUCUGAGAGAUGGUGGCUUGACGAGUAUGGAUAUUCCUAACAACUUGCCUGAGCACUCCUCUAGAAUUGAUGGUUGCAGAAGUAUUGUCCUCAGGUGGUUAUCCAGUAGACUUGAUCCAUUAUCUGCCAAGCAUGUACUUAGACGAAUAUCCAACUGCAACGUUAAUGAAGCAUGUCCUUUAGAUUUUCCAGAUACCACAAAAGUUGCAAAGUUUUGUGGGAACAGGAUCAAGAAUCAUACUGCAUGCUGCAGUUCCAUGGACAAUUAUGUAGCUCACUUGCAAAAGCAAAGUUUCAUAACCAAUUUACAAGCAUUGGAUUGUGCUGCAUUGCUUGGUCUGAAGUUGCAAAAAAUGAAUGUUGCCACAAACAUCUAUAGUUUCUGCCAGAUAACUCUCAAAGAUUUUUCACUCCAAGUUGGAUCUCAAGAGUCUGGAUGCCUCCUUCCAAGCUUGCCAUCAGAUGCAACAUUUGACCCCUCUUCUGGAAUCAGCUUCACCUGUGAUUUAAAUGACAAUAUUGCAGCUCCAUGGCCCUCUGCAUCCAGACCUCCAACAUCUUCCUGCAACAAAUCUGUCAACUUGCCGGCACUUCCAGCUGCAACAUCUGCACACAUUGGUGAAAAUGGAAUGGACAUGAAGCUUCCCUUGUUCAUUGCUUUAUUACUAGCUCUUCAAAUGCUUUCAUGAUCCUGCGAAGAUGGCAGUUUCAAUCAUUAUUAUAUCUGCAAGGAUGAUGCUGCCAAACAGCUGGGACAAGGCUUGAUGGUUAUGGUUUGUGGUGCUGCUGGGCUGAUCUUUUGGUUCAUCACAUCUUGGAAACUAAGGAUUCAAUGGAAGGCUUUGCCCAGCAGUAGACAACGUUCUGCAACAGGCUUUUUAUUGGAGUUCUGGCAACCAUGAUUCUUGCAAGCAAUGUAAUAAUACUGGCAAAGGGAGGGGAAAAAUCCAGAGUGAGGAAAUAUGUAAUUAUUUAGAGAUGUGUGGUCCCAUUUGGAGCUUCUUCAUAGAAUAUUUUCCUAGAUCUCGUUGUCUGCAAUCGAAUGUAAAUUUAAGCCAAUCAAUACAAACAUCUCUUCUUGGUGUCCGCUAA